AUGUACACAGCACCCCAUUACACAACGCUAUCUCUAUCUGCAGCGCCGCUCCGCUCCGUAUCUCCUUCAGCGCCGCUCCGCAGCGCCGACGCCCUUCCCAACGCCGGCCGCCCUGUCCGCGCCGCUCCGGCCGGCUGCCCUGCCCGCGCCCUGUCCGCGCCGCUCCGGCCGGCCGCCCUGCCCGCGCCCUGUCCGUGCCGCUCCGGCCGGCCGCCCUGCCCGCGCCGGUCCGGCCGGCCGCCCUGCCCGCGCUGCGCCGCGCCGGCCGCCCGCCCGCCCUCCCGCGGCGCGCCGUGCUGGCCGCCCGCCCGCCCCGCCCCGCGCCGCGUCCGCGAAGCUGCUGCUCCAGCCGCUCACGUCCGCGAAGCUGCUGCUCCAGCCGCUCCAGCUGAUAACCCCAGCGCUCCGGCCGCUCCAGCUCCAGCUCGGGAGGAGCUCGACGACCCCAGGUCCAGCUCUGCUGCUGGAUCAGCUCCAGCUCAGGAGGCGCUCCGGCCGGCGCCACCUCGUGACACCUGCAGCACCGAGCCGUCCACUUGGUCAAAGGUGCUGUUAAUUUUUUCCCCUGGUCAUGCAUGCUGA